AUGGGAGAAGGCAACCAGUCCUCCAACCUGGAUUUCAUCCUCCUGGGAGUUAGUGGUCAGAAGGAACAGGAAAACCUCUUCUUCACCCUCCUCCUAUUCAUUUACCCCAUCACACUGAUGGGAAACCUGCUCAUCAUCCUGGCCAUUCACUGUGACGUUCGCCUUCACAACCCCAUGUAUUUUCUCCUGGUCAACCUCUCCUUUGUCGACAUCUUCUUCUCCUCUGUAACCAUCCCAAAGGCUCUCGCCAACCAUCUCUUAGGUACCAAAGCCAUCUCCUUUGGGGGAUGCCUAACACAGAUGUGUUUCAUGCUGGCCUUGGCAAACACAGAUAGCUACAUCCUGGCUGCUAUGGCAUAUGAUCGUGCCGUGGCCAUCACCCGCCCACUUCAUUACACAACAGUCAUGAGCCCACGGGCUUGUGUCCUCUUAGUUGUUGGGUCUUGGGUGAUGGGAAAUGCCAAUGCUGUCCCCCACACUCUGCUCACGGCUCGUCUGUCCUUCUGUGCAAACAAGGAAGUGGCCAACUUCUACUGCGACAUUGCCUCUUUGCUCAAGCUGUCCUGUUCCGACAUCCACUUCAAUGUGAAGAUGAUGUACCUAGGGGCUAGUGUUUUCUCCUUGCCAUUACUAUGCAUCGUCAUCUCUUACGUUCGGGUCUUUUCCAUGGUCUUACGAGUUCCAUCCACCAAGGGUGUGCGCAAAGCCUUCUCCACCUGUGGGUCCCACCUCACAGUUGUUUCUCUGUAUUAUGGGACAGUCAUGGGCAUGUACUUCCGUCCUCUGACGAGUUACAGCCUAAAGGAUGCAAUGAUAACUGUGAUGUACACUGCGUGA